UUGGAUUUAUUUUUCAUUUACAGAAAUGAAUGAGUAGUGCAUAACUGUGAUAACAAGACGCGAGAAUGUUCUUCAGGAGAGUAUUUGCCAAGAAUAAUGGAAACUCGUCGACGAGUGGGGAGGGUUCUUCUUCCAAUUCGUCGAACAAUGCAAGCUCAUCGCCAGCUCGAUACCGAAGAGUGCUGAACGUAGAGGACAAUCACCGAGUAUUGUCAGUGCUGCAGUUGACACCUUUAUGGGAGUAUAUCAUUCGGAAUAAUGAGCUUCCAGUUGGAUUGAAUAUGAACGAACUGUUCAGGGAAUUCUUAGAACGGUUGCACGAUCCAGAAUAUCAAGUUCGACAGCAUUCCCUACGGGUUCUGAUUGAUGUACUGAUUGUUCUUCGUGAUGAAUCCGAUGUAUACUUCGGUCCCCUGUUGCCACCAAUCAUCGACAAUCUGGGCCAUCCCUCACCGGCUGUCCGAAAGGGUGCCUUAGAUGUUUUGAAAGUGUACAUUGCUCAGACUAAGAUGCCUGAAACUGUCAUGCUUGAGAUUAUGAACUACGGUAUGGAUCGGAAUCCGAAAGAUCCUCUCAGUACCCGGUACAUCGUAGGGGUAAUGCUGGCAUUACCAUCGCUUAUUCAACCCGCAAUUCUUACGGCGAAACGAACCUUUAUUCUUCGUGCUGUCGUUAAUGCUUUGGGAGGAAAAAUGGUUCAAAUUACUUACCAAGAAAUAGCAUUGAAAAUACUUCUCAAGAUCAAAAACACCAUUGGUUCGCGAGAGUUUUACGAAUGCAUAUCCGUGGCCUACCGAAGGGAUUUUGACCUGCUGUGCAACGUAUACGGACUACCGAAUCCACCGAAAAGUCCGCGAAGAGAAAAUGUCAUUAACUUGACACCUCCUGGUUCAGAGCUACCUGUUAGGAAAUCCUGGAAACCUCAUGUCCCAAAGGUUCCUAAUACAGAGACCCAUCAAACGAUGCAACCCCUUUCGCCGAAAGCCCAACGAUGGAAAUCUGGAAGCUACAAUGACAUCUCGAGGGCCGAACCGUACGAAAACGACUACAGAUCUCGAUUGGGUAAUAAUCCUUACGCAAUCAGCAAACUGCCCCAACAUGGAAGUUCAGUAGUGCGGCGUGUUAGUAUGGACAACAUCGAUAAAAUCGACAGUUCCAGAGUGAUAAUGGAAACCGACAUUAAAAUAAACAAAGAAUCAGUUACCAUGCGUAUUGUGGAAGCAGAAAACUCCCAAUCAGUUAGUGAUGAAAGUGACGAAGAUGGUUCUAAGCGGUACGGUAUAAUGCGAGUGUUGACCGAUAGUGAAGUGGACGAGAGUUCAGGCCUUAAAGGCGAAAACGUUUCUGGUGUAACACAUGAUCAGUCGUCGGACGAGUAUGUGCGAAGAACUCCUAGAAGAGUGAGAUUUGGGGGCGAAGUUGUGAAAAUGAGGACACCAGAUAGUGACACUUUCGAGCAUAGCGAUCAAGAUGGACUAACCAUUUCGCAGUCUUCUAGCUCUAGUGCGCAUGUUAAUGUUAACAAUCCUUCACUUACGGCUAGUUCUUCCGAAAGAUUUUCACCGACUUCACCAACAAAGUCAGCGCUUAAAUUAUCUUCUUCAUCAGCUGAUAACUUCAGUUCUUCCAUGAGGAAACAAUACUCCCACUCAGCAGACACAGAAAGAUCAUCACCACCAAUUAGCAGCGAAUAUAUUAGUAAAGUGAACAACAAUAGACCUAUGUCGGCCAGGCCCAGUAGCUAUGUCAGUUCAGAGGAUAUUUCUAUGCGCAGACAUGCAGAAUUUGCAAGGAGAAGAAGCAUUACUUUUGACGAGGAUGACAUGCAAGCAUCUACACUAUCAGCAACUACCAUGGACCCAUUAGAUACUUCAUCGCCAACUCCAGAACCACCGGAGCCACCCGAACCGCUCCGAGAGCGUCCCAAAUCAUCACGGCCAAAGUCCGAUCGCUUAGCUCCAGCUGGUAACGAAGUUUUUCCGCCGGCCGAAGAACGACUGCAGUCUGCUCGACCGAAAUCCGGACGAUCUCCGUCGACAGCUGUUGAAGUUAAUUCCCUAACAGAACCGAGCCAACCAAUACACUUGCAGCACAAACCAAAGCCCAAACCUGACACUCCAGACAAUCACAGUCACCCUGAGCCCCCAGAAACGAAUCAAAUUCUGGCGGAGAAAAUAGAAGAGGUCAAACAAGCAAUUCAAGGAAUUGAAGACAAGAUUAAUAAUGUCGUUAUCAAGACUGUUGAGGCGAUUAGCGAGUUGCCAGUUAGUCCAUCUAGGCUUCAGAAAACAGAAUCAGCUGAUUCAGCAACCAUGUCAACUCCGAAGCUGCAGAAACCGAAUCUUUCACUUGAAGUUCUACUUAAAACUAGUACGGAUACCAAAGAAAACUUAGAGAAGGAUGCUUCUGGAGAAGACAAGGAGAAGAAAGAUUAUACCAAGGAGCUCAAUAUUGACAUUCCAGAGGAGCAAAAACCAAACAACGAAGCUCCAACGAUUACUGAAACGAAAUCAACUGGGAAUUCAAAAAUUCCAAAAAUGGUCAAAACCGGCAUUCCCAAACUAAAUACGAUG